AUGGAGUCCCUACCUGACGAAAUAUGGCGCGACAUCUUUGCCAACUUCGAAGGGGAUCUCCCAUAUGAAAAAUGGUGGAUGUACGGAGUUGAAGUCGACCUUUCACCCAUCAAGACCCUCAUGUCGAUAUCUCUCGCGUGCAAAAGAUUUCAUCGCAUAGUCGAGCCUCUGCUUUACCGGACGAUUCUGGUUGCGGCACAUAAUAAUGAUAAUGAGGAAUGCCUCGUUCAGUUGACCAAAAGACUGGUCUCUAACCCACAGCUGGGACACGACAUUCGUACCAUCACGCUGGGCAACGGCUAUCGACGAGGAGAUGACGACUUUAGGGAAGCCCUGAGGUCAACUUGGCUCUCCCUGGAUGCACCUAUAUCCUUCAAGAGACAGCUUGGGAAGGAAAUCGCCGACCACAGAGUGGUAGGGAUGGCGCCUCUCAUCUUGGCCCUGUCAUCCCAGGUGCGGUUGGUUGACACUACUUUCGACAACACAUCGCCGUGUACGAUGUGGAUUUUGAGCGGACGCCCAGAUUUGGAAAUGAGUCUCAAGGAAGACUAUUAUGACGACACUGAGUUGGCCGAGGAGGACGAGGAAGCCUUGAAGGAAUAUGAACUUGGGCGAGGAGAGACCUGUGCAAACUAUGGCCUGCCGCAUCUGGAGGAGGUACGCAUUAGACAUGGAGACUGCACCGACAGCCACACUCCCAUCGAUGAUCUCGAGCCAAUCCUGCUUCAUCCCAACCUGAAGACGCUGCGUCUGCUCGGAAUUGGCUGGCUAUCGAGCCCGAUCAGCAGAUUCAAGUUCCCAAACGAGCCAUGCAAUUUGGAAACCCUUGAGCUCAAGGAAUGUCUCUUUGACCACUUGACCCUGAGAAACAUCCUGACCCGCUGCAAGAAGCUGAAGUGGUUGUCCAUGGAGACAGCCGACGCUCGAAGACACGACAUGCAUAUUGACGAGGAAGAGUGGGAUAUUGACCUGAGCAAAAUUGGAGACGUCCUCAGGAGGCUUGGCCACAACCUGGAAUACUUCAGUCUUCAGACCAUUGAGUAUGACAACUGGGGUUUCUGCAACGGACGUCUCGGGUCCCUUUGUAAUCUCAAAGCACUCCGACACCUUAAAGUUAUUCUGAAUAACCUCACCGGUCGUGUUAGAGAUCCCUGGGAGACUGAUCUAGAACAAGAGAUACCACUGGCUGAAGCACUACCCCCGAUGAUCGAGACGCUACACCUGCACUGGGACGAAGAGUACUACAGCCACGGCGAGUACAAGCGCUUCUGCAACAACAUCAACGGGGCCGUGUUCAAGCUUCUCAUGGCAGCGGAUAGCUUUCCCAAUUUGCGCAAGAUCAGUAUAGAGAGGCAUGGAGGGGAGAGACAGAAAGGAGAGUCUGAGUGGGACAAGACCGUUGAUGGGUGGGAGGUUGAGGUGACAAAGGAGCAUCUGUGGCAGAGAUACAGCUCGAGUGGAUGCAUGCGGACUCUCAUUUACCUGACAAAGACGAGUUAG